GAUUUUGCAGUGCGAUGCCAGCAGGAGGACAGGACAGAUGCCGGGCUCUUGCUCUCCAGCCCGGGGAGAGCACACCCAGUGAUGACCUAAAGGUUUACCUGCUUUGACUGUUUACUCAGCCUUUCACCAUGAGCUCCUUCGCUGGCCGUAUGAAGGAGUAUCCCAGCAUCUCCUUGGACCGCUUUGACAGGGAGAAUCUGCACGCCAGAGCUUAUUUCCUCUCUCACUGCCAUAAAGAUCAUAUGAAAGGGUUAAAAGGACCUUUACUGAAGAGAAAACUCAAGUUCAGUUUAACCGUCAAGCUGUACUGCUCAUACGUCACAAAGGAGCUUCUGCUUAGUAACCCCAGAUAUGCAUUCUGGGAAGAUCAUAUCGUCCCUUUGGAACUUGACAGUCCAACCAACAUAUCUCUCAUAGAUGAAAGCACAGGAGAGACAGAGGAUGUGGUGGUUACUCUGCUUUCAGCGGGACACUGUCCAGGAUCAGUCAUGUUUCUCUUCGAGGGUGCAAAGGGAACAGUGCUUUACACAGGAGACUUCAGACUGGCUGUCGGAGAUGCAGCGAGAAUGGAGUACUUGCACUCUGGAGACAGGGUAAAGGACAUUCAGAGUGUGUACAUCGACACCACAUUCUUUGAUCCCAAGUACUAUCAGAUCCCUAGCAGGGAGGCUUGUUUGGCUGGGAUACAGCAGCUGGUCCAGGACUGGAUCUGUCAGAGUCCGUAUCAUGUUGUUUGGUUAAACUGUAAGGCAGCGUAUGGUUAUGAGUACCUCUUUACCAACUUAGGACAGGAGUUCAGCUCACAGAUACAUGUGAACAGCUUGGACAUGUUUAAAAAAAUGCCUGAAAUUCUGUGUCACGUGACCACCAACCGUGCAACGCAGAUCCACGCUUGUCGCCACCCGAAGGAUGAGGAGUUCUUCAGAGCGAACAGGUUACCCUGCGGCUCUACGGCUCCAGAUGGCAUUCCUCUGAACAUCAUCAGCAUCAAACCCUCCACGAUAUGGUUUGGAGAACGGACCAGAAAGACUUCAGUUGUGGUGAAGAUGGGUAGCAGUUCCUACAGAGCAUGCUUUUCUUUUCAUUCCUCAUACUUAGAGGUUAAGGACUUCCUGUCUUACAUCUGUCCUGUUAACAUCUACCCAAACGUCAUUCCUUUGGGCAAGACUGUGGAGGACCUCACAGAGCUGUUGAAGCCACUGUGUAGAAAACAUUGUGGACGAGAGGAGAUUGUCUAUAAACCACUCGGGGCUCUCAAGAGAACGAGAAAGAGAAGCACAUCAGAAGGCUCAGAUAGUGAUGGCGACCUGUUUGAGGAGGUUUCAACAGCUCCAAGGCGGCGCAAGAUUACAGUGUCUGACCUGACCACAGUUGCCAUAAGAGUACGGCCUCACAGUGCUAAUGCAGACUCACACGAUAAUGACCAAACAUAUUCCCUCAUAAAGCUUUGUCCGUCUGCACACACAUCCAACUAUAUGGACUGCACUGAAUCAAACGAUGAUGAUGAUGAUGAAGAUGAUGCAGCCGAACAAACUCCUGCUGCAGCUCCUCCUCCAUCUUCCACAGAAAAGCCAUGUUCAAAACACACUCAUUCAGACUCCUCACUAACCAGUUCUACUCAGCCCUGUUGGGAAAAGUUCUUCAAGGCAGAAGUGGUGCUGACGGACGAGAGUGAGUUGGAGAACAGUCAGAACACACAAACGCUCUCCACUGAAAACACAGCGUCUCAAUCACCAGAGCUCUUUCAGGAUGAAGAUGAAGACAGCUCCGUUCACAUGAGCUCCUCUCAGUCUACUCAUAUAUCAGACGCAGGGACUGAAAGCCUGAGUCAAGUAGACACGAUCAUGGUUCAAGAGGACCACAGUAAGGCCUGUAACCUCCAACACAAGACUGAAGAAGCAGUGGAGCUCAAAUCAGACUCGCAAGUUUCAUCUGACUUUGAGCUUCCACCGACUCCAGGAUCUAAAGUCCCACAGCCUGAAGACCUGAAGGAGCUGUACAGGAAGUUGGCAGCAGGAGAGGACGUUGUUGUAAGACAGAUUUUUUGAGUGCUAAUUUUUUGGGGGGGGUUUGUUUCCCAACCCUGAUCCUGAAGGCACACCAACAGUACACAUUUUCAACCUCUCCCUAAUCAAACACACCUGAAUUAACUCAUCAGAACAUUAGAAGAGACUCAAAGCCUGAAGUUAAUGGAUCAGAUAAGGGAGACAUCUAAAAUAUGUACUGUGGGUGUUCCUCCAGGAAGGAACAGGGUUGGGAAACACUAUGUUAGACAACACUUUACCUCAUGCAGUUUUGUACCUUUUGCAGUUUUGUAAAAGCUCAGUGCCUUAAGCCAAUUAAUUAAAAGUCUGAAGGAAAUGUUUUCAGUCUUACGAUUAAAUAAGAUCAUUUCAACUGAACAA